CUUACAUAUGCGGGUGGCCGAAACCGCAGCUAGUUCGGUCACUUCUUUGAUUCCACAAAACUUUUGUUGCCCUGGUUGGAACUCCGAAACCCUCGCAUUAUUACAAUCCCCAAGGUAGAAAUUACCUCGAAUUUCCCCGCCACUUGACUCACACCUUACUUUGACCCCUCUCCAUUUAACCUUCUUGGUUUCACAUCCCGUUUUUUUUAUACGGAAUUGGGAUCAAAACUGCGCUUUCUAUUUUCCAACCUCUUUUCGCACAAACACAAGAUGGCUGGCAUCGAUGUCAAUGCCCCCUCAGAGGGAGCUGAUGAUGUUCGCGUUCUCGGAUACGACCCUCUCAUCCCCCCGCAGCUCCUCUACUCCGAACUCCCCGCUCCCAAGGCUUCUCUCGAGGCCGUGCUGAAAGGCCGACGUGACGCCGUCGAGGUCAUCACCCAAAAGUCUGACCGUCUCCUGGUCGUUUGCGGUCCCUGCUCGAUCCAUGACCCCGCCACGGCCGUCGAAUACUGCCAGCGCCUGAAGCAGGUCGCUGACAGGCUCUCCAAGGACUUGGUCAUUAUCAUGCGUGCCUACCUUGAGAAGCCCCGCACCACUGUUGGCUGGAAGGGUCUGAUCAACGACCCCGACAUUGACGAGAGUUACAAGAUCAACAAGGGCCUGCGCGUUAGCCGGAAGAUGUUCUGCGACUUGACUGCCCAGGGCAUGCCCAUUGCCAGCGAGAUGCUCGACACCAUUUCUCCUCAAUUUCUUGCCGACCUUGUCUCCCUCGGCGCCAUUGGUGCUCGUACUACUGAGUCGCAGCUUCACCGUGAGCUUGCCUCUGGUCUCUCUUUCCCCAUUGGUUUCAAGAACGGUACCGAUGGCAGCCUGACGGUCGCCAUUGAUGCCAUCGGCUCCGCCGCUUCCAAGCACCACUUCAUGGGUGUCACGAAACAGGGACUCGCAGCGAUUACGCGGACGAGCGGUAACGAGCACGGUUUCGUCAUCCUGCGAGGCGGUACCAAGGGCACCAACUACGACGCUGCCAACGUCAAAAUUGCCAAGGAGGCUCUGCAGAAGAAGGGCCAGCGACCAAUUCUGAUGAUUGACUGCUCUCACGGUAACUCCAGCAAGAACCACCGUAACCAGCCUCUUGUUGCCAAGGACAUUGGUGACCAAAUUCGCGCCGGUGAGGAUGGCAUCGUUGGAAUCAUGAUUGAGUCCAACCUCGAGGAGGGCAACCAAAAGGUCCCCGCUGAGGGUCCUAGCGGUUUGAAGAAGGGUGUCAGCAUUACUGAUGCCUGCAUUGGUUGGGACACCACAGUUGAGGUCCUCGAGCAGCUGGCCCAAGCUGUCCGGGAACGGAGAGAACUGCGUGCCAAGGCCGUCAACGGUCACUAAGUAACGACGUAUUUGAUGCAUGAUUGAAGAAUGCUGCUCUAUUGCAGCAAAAAAAAAGUUGUUUUUUUAAACCAAUUUUCUUCGACUUCUCGGCCCGUGGUUGCAUGCAACUGGCGGCUCUCGAUUUCCUUGUAUAUAUCAUUGGCGUCUGGUACACAAUGCAUUGAGCCUUUUGAAUUGUCAAAAUUUUGUAUUUGAGCUUCCUCUUUCCCAAUAUACAGGCAAGCUGCAGGUUGGCGAGCACGGCUGUUCAAAGUGACCUACCUAAUUGAUCAUGUUUAGAGGAAACUGACAACACAACCUGACUACGACGACAGAAAGUAAAGCAAGGGCAGGGACGAGCAUGUGGUGCAGAUUGAAUGAAGCAUGAAUAUGAAACCAAGAACUCCUCUACAUUGAUGCAUGCG